AAGAAAUACCUCCACAGAGAUACCACAGACGCAGCAUCCAGCCGAGUGUUUACUUUGUAGAUUUUUAUUAACAGCAAGCAGUAAGGCCUUGAGAGAGUUGUGCACAGUAUGGCGGAAUAUACAGCUGCACCAGGUGAUGUGGAGAUGGGUCUUGAGGAGAGGCCAGUGGUUUUGGUAGAAAAGAAGUCAUCUACAAGAUGGAUAUGGAAUGCGUGCACGGCCAUUUUUAUUGUGGCCCUUUGUUUAGGAGGCAUCGUGUUGUUUGAUUUGUACUGGAAUAAGAGGCCAGAACCGAUGACGCCAUCAGGUCAAUCAGAAAUGUUAAUUGAGAAGGACACUGCUGAGAAAACAGAUCCCCACCACAUGCUGAGACAAAUCAGCAGCAAAGCCAAGGCAGCCAUCCAUUUAGAAGGUAGCUAUGAUGAAGAGGUUGUAGGCUCAGAAGAGAAGCUGGAGUGGAAGAACAAUCAAGGCCAGGCGUUCAGUCUGGGUGGCUUACAACUGGUAGACAACCAGAUCUCUAUCCCACACACAGGCCUCUACUUCGUCUACAGCCAGGCCUCGUUCAGAGUCUCCUGCAGCGAUGGUGAUGAGGAGGAAGCGGAAAAACGCUUGACUGUCAGCCACAGGAUCUGGCGCUUUUCAGACUCCAGAGGCAGCAAAGCCUCUUUGAUGAAUGGGGUGAGGUCAGCGUGCCGAAACACGGCUCAGGAGGACAACAACUACAGCAAUGGACAGGGCUUGUACAAAACCAUUUAUCUGGGAGCAGUGUUUCAGCUGCAUACAGGAGACCGACUGUGGACGGAAACUAGUCAGCUAUCACAGCUGGACACUGAUGAGGGCAAGACUUUCUUUGGUGUGUUUGCACUUUGAAAUGACUGUGAUACUAAAAGAGAAGAUACACACUCCACACAGUGUCAUAGUAUCGGCUUAAAAAGUCAUUAUUCAUCUUCAUGGUGAUGUAGAAAUGUUUAAAUCUCAAUUGAGAUACACCUUGUAGCCAAACAGGCUGUGCUGAUUAUUUACAAUCCUACAAACUGUAACAGUUUGCAACAUUAUUUUUUAUUUUAAGCACUUUUUGUACAUUAUUUAUGCCGACUUGAGAUUGUAGUAGGCUUGAUGUUUCUGCUGUAUCAGGUGAUAACAGAGUUUAGGUUCAAGGAUUAUGUACUAUUACAAUCUAUGUGU